AUUUAUUUUUUUCUAUUUCACAUCAUGCCAGAUAAUAGACGUAAUAUGACAAGCAAAAUAGGCUUGAUAUUAAGUUUUAUUGGCAUGGCAGGCCUUGUAUUAUCUAUCUUGUCUCUAUUACCAUUAAAUCUAUAUAAUAUUUACACCACUAUCAUCACUAGUUAUAAACUACUCUUGCUUAAUAAAGACUGGCUAUCACCGGGUGCAAAACUAUACCUCUUCUUUUUAUGUGGAUCUUGUUUUUCAAGUCUGUUUGAAAUACUCGCAACACUCCUUGCCUGUACUCGACAUCGUGCAAGUCAAGAUGAACACACUAAAAAUAAUCAAUCACAGCCAACACAACCACCACAGACCAAAUCAUGGUUUAUACGUAUCAUUUGUUUUACCCUAUGUUUACAAAUCUUGUUUUCUUUAAUCGGUUAGUGUUGUCUCAUGCUUAUUUAUGUAUUGACACCAUGUAGGCACACAUAUUAUAUAUAAAGCAGAGAUCGAUAUUCCUAAAGAAUUACAAGACAACACCCUUUUAUCUUGUACUAUUCUAUGGAUAAAUUAUAUAUCAUUGCUUACUUUCUCUUUUAUCUUGCUAUUUGCUUCUUUCUGUAUAUUAAUGGGUGCUAAACACAAUGAGCAUGAAGAAACAAGGCCAUUGAUGAUUGUAUAAAAACUAAAUAAUAAAAUUCAUGCACUUUUUUUUAACCUUUACUAUGGAAACCAGAAAAAGUAUAAAACGCGUUUCUUUUUCUGAUCAGAAAGCGAAAGUAGAUGUCUACAUUGAAGAG